CAGACACCAGGCACCAGCUCCCAGGAGAUCAGCCCAGUGCCACGAUGCCGGAGCCACUGGAGAAUACAUUGCUUGGGACCUCUGUGCUGUUCCCUUUGUAAAAAAUCAUCUCUCUUCAACUAAAAACGCAUAGCAACGUCAGUGUCCUCAGUAGAAGCUUGGAGCUUUCUGAGGUCAGAGGACCCGAAAGCAAAGAAUCACAGAAUUUGGCUUUUUGAGCGGGGACUUUCAGCUCCCAGAGAGCCCCAUCCGCUCAGCCUGCCUGCAGGUCAGGCUCACUGUGGGUGUGAGUCAUUGCACACAGGGAGAAGGAAACCAAUGGCAAUGCCAAGGGAAACUUCUGACUGCCACCUCCUUCUGAUUCCCACUCAUUGAUGCUCUGUUCUCUCCUCUCCUUCACUGCUCCUGCCCAAAUGCGCCUGCCAGCAGGGAGAGAAAAUCCAAGAUCACAGCCUCACGCAAGCUCCUGUUGAAGAGCUUGAUGCUGGCAAAAGCCAAGGAGGAGUGGGAUCAGGAGAUCGUGGACAAACAGUCGGAGAAGGAGAGAUACCUGUCCGAGCGCAUCUCCCCGCUGCACACCAGCGGGCUCUCCUUGAGCCAGCUCCAGGAUCUGUGCCGGGAGCUGCACGAGAAGGUUGAGAUUGUGGAUGAAGAGAGAUAUGACAUCGAAGCAAAGUGCAACCAUAACACUAGGGAGAUUAAAGACCUGAAGCUCAAAGUGCUCGACCUGAGAGGGAAGUUCAAGCGGCCCCCGUUGCGGAGGGUCCGCGUCUCUGCUGAUGCCAUGCUGAGAGCUCUGCUGGGCUCCAAGCACAAGGUGUCCAUGGACCUGAGAGCCAACCUGAAGUCUGUCAAGAAGGAGGACACAGAGAAGGAGCGCCCUGUGGAGGUGGGUGAUUGGCGCAAGAACGUGGAGGCCAUGUCAGGGAUGGAGGGGCGGAAGAAGAUGUUUGAUGCUGCCAAGUCCCCCACAGGACAGUGAGAGGAGCACCAGGACAGAAGAACAUCCCCAACCCUUCUGACUGCCCCCCUGACCCCCCACUUUGCUGCCCCUCCGUCCUCUUUGCACCCUUGCCCUGAACUCCCCACUGAGAUGAAUCAUGUGGACAACUAUCUAGGAAGGAGAUCUGAGUUUCUUCCCUUCAGCUCUGCCUCUCUCCCACUCUCAGUCUCACCCACACAAGAUGUGCUCUUGGAGGAGCCAUCAUCCCCUCCCAACUCUGCAGAGAGGGGACAGCCCCGCUCCCCCCAUUCCCAAACCUCCAGCACAGCCUAAGAUGUGCCCAUGCGGCUGCAUGUGUAUUAAAGGAUGGUCUCUGGGGCCGAACACUGCAUGAGCUCAUCUCUGCAUUGGCCAAGAGUAGGUGUGGGUACAUAGCAAGACAGCUCGGUCCUUUCCUGUGCCCUGGGCUCAGCCUUGCAUGGAGAUCAUCUCUUCCAGCCUCCGUCACACUGGUACCCCCCCGCCCUGCUGAGCCCCUGCCCUACCCUCCUCAUCCCCCUAUCACUUCCUACAUCACUGCAGAAAUGGGUGGGUGCACCCCAUAAUCGUGUCUCCCACUUGGACGUGGUGCCUUUGGGAUUGGAGAUCCCAGUUUGGCCAUGGUGCCACUGGGGUGGGAGAUCCACCAUCACGACCCCAACAACAAACAUGAAGGGUUUCAGCUCUGAUCGCGCUGCCCGUGUGGGCACUGUGCCGAGGCUGCGUCCUGGGAUCCCCAGAGGGAACUCACACACAUGGCUGUGAUUCUGGCAGGGGAAGAAAGGUGUGGAGGGAGAGGCAAUAACUGUACCUGACCGACUGGAAUAGCUGGAAAAUGCAGGGAGGUUUCAUGGAAACAAAGCCUUCUUCAGAACUGAAACAGAAGCAGAAAACCCAAACCGAGUUGGGGUCGAGAAUGAAGCUCUGAGCUCAGCGUAAUUAUGAUAAUUGGGUACUUUACAAACAGGGGUGGUGUUUGUGGAGCAGGGUGGGAUGGCAGUGAGAUGAAAGGCAAUGGAGAGGUGGGUGCUGUGAGACCUGGCUCUGGUGAGCACCGCUUGGAUGCCCAACACAUCGCCAAGUCCUCCACACUGAAACGCCGUGUGUUGCAGCAGAGCGAUGCCCAGGGCUCACCAGCACAUCCCUGCAGCCAGGAAUGCGCUCACUGCAGGCUAUAGCUGGCUCUGUAUGGUCAGAUUGGCUUUAAAUUGAGGGGCAAAUAGAAAAAAAGGACAACCCAACCCUCAGGUUCAUCGACUUUUCCAAAUACGAUGUUUCCCAGUCACUGCAUCCUGCUCUCAUCCUUCUCUGGUGGAAAACCAUUCCUACCACCAUGGAUUGCCAUGAGUGACCAUGACCAUUUUGCCCUGGGAGCUGCAGAGGGAGGGCUGGGGGCAGCGGGCAGCCCUGGGUUGGGAGAGCAUGUCCCCACAGCCCCUCCAACCCCACGGCCACUGCAGAACACUGCAUGAGGUCAGUGCUAGGCUGCCAGCUUAUGGAGAAGCUAAACUCUGACCCGUUGCUCAUAUCAGAGGGAAUUCCUCAUUAAUUACAACUAAUUUCCUGUGCUAUGAGGGAUGCAAUCUGCCGUGCAGCUGCUUUCCAGCUGGCAGCAUCAGUUACUUCAUGUAAUGCAACCUGAAAGGCUGCCAGUGACACUGCUCCUGGGGGACAUCUGUACCUCUUCAUCAUUAGCUGUGGCCGUGGGGCAUCACAGGAGAUGACUUCUGCUGAAGAGGCCUCUGCAGAGGAUGACAGGAACCUGAAGGACUCUACAGCACCCCUGGGGCACCACAGAGGCAGAUGUGAACCAAGGCAUCCAGUGCUUGUCUAAAAUCUUUUACUUUUCUCUUCUUCCUUCUUCAUUGGGGUUUGCUUGAUUUCUGAGCAAAAAUGAACCAACCUGAGAUGC